AUGGAUUUCCUCAUCAAGUUUGCUUCCGAGCAUGAGUCCUUCAGGCUCCCCGAAAUCGAAGCCCUCGCCGUCCUCGAGGGCGUCGACCUCAAGGUCAAAGAAUACAACAGCGAGUCUCCAUUCUGCGUCGUCCAACUCCCCUCCGUAGAAGACGCAAAGAAGCUGCUCCGGCGCUCAGUCAUGGCUCACUCAAUACACGAGCUCUGGGGAACAGGCGAAACGCUCGAGACGCUCCACGAAGCCAUCAAAUCGCAAACGUCCCAUCUCUGGCCCCAAUACAAGGAACCCUCGUUCAAGUUCGUCGUGGACUCGUACCAGGGCGCGCACUCCAACGAAGAGCGCCUCGCCCUCAUCAACUCCUUCAGCUACCUCCCCUUUGACGGGCCCAUCCGCAUGUCCAAGCCGGACAACACAUUCACCGUCUUUGAGCUCUGGCCCUUCAACAGCGUGCCUCUCAAGAUUGAGCACCCGGACAGCAUCCGCCUGGGCCGCUUCGUCGCCAAUUCCGCCCGCGACAUCAUCCACCGGUACGACCUCAAGAAGCGCAAGUACAUCUCCACCACCAGCAUGGACGCCGAGCUCUCCCUCGUCACCGCAAACAUUGCCCACGCGGCGCCGGGAAAGCUCUUUUACGACCCCUUUGUCGGCACGGGUUCGUUUCCCAUUGCCUGCGCGCACUUUGGGGCCAUUGGCUGGGGCAGCGACAUCGAUGGACGGAGCAUGCGCGGCGAAGGCGACAAGAAGAAGAGUCUGCCUGGCAAUUUCACCCAGUACGGACUGAAGCCACAGCUGGGAGGGUUCUUCUCGGCGGACUUGACAAACACGCCCAUCAGACGACGAAGAAUUUGGGACGGAGUCGUAUGCGAUCCGCCUUACGGAGUCAGAGAAGGAUUGAAAGUCCUCGGACUAAAGAACCCUGAAAAUGCUACAUGGCUCAUCGAGCUGGGUGUAAAUGAGUGGCAAUCACCAGAUUACGUCCCCCCAAAGAAACCAUACAGCUUCCUCACCAUGCUCGACGACAUCCUCGCCUUUGCAUCAGACACUCUCGUAGACAACGGCAGGCUCUCCUUCUGGAUGCCCACCGCAAAUGACGAAGAACAAGAAAUCCCUGUUCCAGCGCAUCCCUGCCUCGAGGUAGUUGUAGUAUGCGUCCAAGUUUUCAACAGAUGGUCAAGAAGACUCAUCACCUACCGGCGACUGCCAGAUUCUCAAGUCUCAAAGUCCAAUCUUGAAGCGCAUGAAAAGCAGAGGGCCGAAGCAGCAGCCGCAAAUACAGGCACGACAGCAGACGACCUCAACCCGUUCCGCCGAGGCUACUUUAGAAAAUUCGAGGCCGAAUCAUAA